GCCGCGUACAAGGUGUUGCGAUUGUUGUGUGCGCGCGCGUGCGACAGAGAGACGACCGUCGUGUCCCGCCAGCACGACCGUCAUCCGUAAACACACGGAAUACAUCACAUCGCACACUAUUGUCCUGUUUGGCCACCGAACCGGUGUCUCGCGCGCCCGUUCCCGCAGGAUUUCUGGCACAUCCCGUUUUGAUAUUAUUAUUAUUAUUAUUAUCCCGGUGCUUCCUGUACGACCGUCGUCCGUCACCUGUAGACGUCACGCGGACCGCUGUAAUGAGGCGCUAAUGACCGGAUGUCACGACAAUCGUCCGGAACGCCUUGAAGCCCGUCCGACUAAAUGGAUGUGUACGUCCUCUUACAGGAUGCCAAGUCAGUACCGAACACGUCCAACAACGGGACGUUGGAAAACGAUGACUACGAAGACAACGCGGAAGACGCUCUGACCGCACUGCCGUUGUUCUGCAUCGGUUCGUUUCUGGUGGUCGUCAUAUUCCUAUCGAUCGCCGGCAACGUGCUGGUGUGCAUGGCCAUCUACACGGACCGCGGUCUUCGGCGGAUCGGCAACCUAUUCCUGGCGUCUCUGGCCAUCGCCGACCUGUUCGUCGGGGCCUUAGUCAUGACUUUCGCUCUAGUCAACGACUUGCAGGGUUACUGGAUGUUCGGCGCCAAGUUCUGCGACAUAUGGAUAGCCAUCGACGUGAUGUGCUCCACGGCGUCCAUACUGAAUCUAUGCGCCAUAUCGUUAGACAGAUACAUACACAUCAAAGAUCCGCUCAGGUACACGACAUACUUGAACAGGAGGAACGCUCUGUUGGGCAUCGCCGGAGUAUGGGCGCUGGCCGCGUUCGUUUCGGUGGUCCCGAUCUGCAUACUGAGCAUCCACAGGCCGCCCAAGCCGAUAGUGUUCCACGCGGGUCAGGCGGGCCAGGCGGAGUACAUGACGUGCGCGCUGGACUUGACGCCCACGUACGCGGUGAUUUCGUCGUGCAUCAGCUUCUACAUACCGUGCGUGGUGAUGAUCGGCAUCUACUGCCGGCUGUACUGUUACGCGCAGAAACACGUGCAGAGCAUCAGGGCGGUGACGCGGCCGCUGACGACCACGACGGCCAUGGCGUCGUCCACGCUGACCGCCGUCCACCACCACACGUCGCCGUACCACGUGAGCGACCACAAGGCCGCCAUCACGGUGGGCGUCAUCAUGGGCACGUUCCUGUUGUGCUGGGUGCCUUUCUUUUGCGUCAACAUCAUCGCCGCGUUCUGCAAGACGUGCAUACCCGACGCCGCGUUCAAGGUGCUCACCUGGCUGGGCUACUCCAACUCGGCGUUCAACCCCAUCAUCUAUUCCAUAUUCAACACCGAAUUCCGGGACGCGUUCCGCCGCAUACUCACCACGCACUAUCCCGACUGGUGCUUUUGCAAAGGCUACAGCACCGUGGUACUCAACUCGGAGACGUCCUUCAGACACCGCCGGAAGACCGGCGGCGGCUGUGACUUCGGGUCGUCCGUCGGCACCGUCAACGCCGUCACCAUCAAACAAAACGGCAAGGCCGCCGGCGGCGGCGCCUUGACCAGUCCCCGGUCGUCCGUGGCCUCACUCAGGCAGUCCCGACUCAAUUCGUCCGAAAAGGUGAUCAUAGAGGCCGAGGAGACCAGCAUCAUCUGACCGCAUCAACUCAACGACAUCCCUCGUUUCCCGGUCGAAUACCUCGUGUGAUCACGUCCAAUGUAUUUGUCGACACGUGGUUCUCGGUAGCGAUAUGUAACUAAUAUACUUUGUGUUACAACAUGAUCCCCUAUGGUUCCAAAUGGAUAAAUUCAGUUGCCUCGAAAUCGCUAAUUUUCAAACCAGUUAAUUGUUUCCCCAAAGACGUUUACACUAAAGAUAUAAUAAUCUUUUAUAAGAUAAUACCGUUAUAAGUUAUAACUAUACCGGAUAAAAUACAAUCAGCUGAUGGUAGGUAAAAACAAAUUCUCACAGAAUUUUUUAAAAAAAUAUUAUUUAUUUUGAAUAUACCUACGACAGUGUGAUUCAUAAUACAGUAUGAAAUCGGUUAAGAAAAACCCCAUCUUGUUCCAAACGACGGACGUUUAUGAUUUGCUUUUGAUGCGGUGCGGCAAAAAAUCACUAUACGUAUUCCAUUUUUUUGAGAUUCUGAGAUUUUUUCAAAAUGUAGCACGCUAGAAGUUUCAAUGAUAUUAAAAUAGUAAAAAAUAGAUACCAUAAUAAAACGAACCAACGGCACUUUAAAAAACGUCUGACCUUCUUUCUGAGAAUUUCCAUUUACCGCCGACGCGUUUCCCUGAACCCGUUGAACUAUACCAACCGGGUCGUACCGUGGAUUACAAUGUCUUGCCAUUAACUUUUCAGUAAUUUUAAUACCGUCCAAUUGACAGCGGAAGAUCCCACAAAGGUUCGAAGGACCAUCCGAAUAGGGAUUUUAAACAGUUACUUAUAAAAGUUCUGUACAGACGUCAAACAUAUUUUAUUCCGCAACAAGCAUUACAUCUUUAUCGAGAACUUAACUCUGUUUCUUGGAUUUCCUUGUAAAUACUAUGUAGUUAGCCCGAGCUCUUCAAAUAUUACUUAAGUCUGUUGUUGUGUACGUACUACUAAUAACGUUCUACUAAUACUAAUAGUUCAACGGCAGGUGGAUACGCCGUCUAUCUUGGAGCGGUUCUAACAUAUAGUUCGACCCCGUAACUCGAUCGCAUAAUAUUUUCUAGAUUAACGUUUUCUUGGGCACCGGGUUUCCAGCUUGUGAGGAACGAGCGCCAUACGAGAAAGGGUGGCCGUUGAUUGAUUUUCAAAACGCCGUAAACGAUGCUGGUGUAAUCUCCAAAAUACAUCCAAAGUAAAUACAGUAGUAAUUCGAUAUCGCACUACGGUAUUUUGUGUGUGUGUGUGUGUCGUUGUGCUUAUGAUAAUGUGUAUAAACGUAUGUAUGUAUAAAUUGUAUAUUGUUAUAUCCGCUUUAGACGCGGGGGCCUACAUUAUUGUAUGUAUAUAUUGUGUAUUUUGUAAUGUGUAAACUUUUAAAAGUACUUAAGUUUAAUACUUGCGUGUGGAUUCGGAGAACCCAACGAGUGUGUAUACAUAAGAACGAAAUUAGACGGUAAGUCGCUACACGCUAUGUGAAGUACUCGAUUGGGAGAAGUGAGUGGGCUGAAAUUGCAACUCACACGGUUCAAAAAUCACAUUUUUCAGAAAAUAGUACCUACAUUUUAAUCCAGACUUCUUUUUAACCACUACUUUCAACGCUAAGUCUAAUCUGAUGACAGAUACGUCUUUACGACACAGUACGUUGCCAACUAAUUUUUCCAUUUUUUUUUUUU